UCGUGCUCGGUGUUGCUGGCCCACGUACAUCACGGUCCCCUCGGUGACGUCUGUGUCCCCUCUGCUACCAGUGGCCCCAUGCCAUAUAUAUUCAUGCCGGGCAAGAUGGCGGCGAUACGGACGAUGUGUUAUUGCCAGUGGACAUAAACAGGCAUUUUAUUCAAAAUAGAAAACCGAAGCAGAUACAUUUAUACACUCGGUCGUAUCGUGUGUGUAUUUGCCGCGCAACGAGCACUGACGUAUUUUUUUACUUAACGCGUUUAAACGUUUUUUUUCUUCCAAAAUGUUCACGUUGUAGCUCGCUCGCUAACCGACCAGCUGGCUAACAGAGAGCAGUCACUAGCUAGCUAGGUAUCUAUCACAGCCAAGCCGCCGUGAAGUGUAGAAUGGGAGAAAAGCUGGAGCUCAAGCUCAAAUCGCCGGUUGGAGCAGAACCUGCUGGGUAUCCGUGGCCACUACCAGUAUACGAUAAACAUCACGAUGCUGCUCAUGAAAUCAUCGAGACCAUUCGGUGGGUGUGUGAGGAGAUCCCAGACCUCAAACUGGCAAUGGAGAACUACGUACUCAUCGACUACGACACCAAGAGCUUCGAGAGUAUGCAGAGACUUUGUGACAAGUACAACAGGGCCAUCGACAGCAUUCACCAGCUGUGGAAAGGGACCACCCAGCCCAUGAAGCUGAACAAGCGCCCCUCCAAUGGGCUGCUGAGACACAUCCUACAGCAGGUGUACAACCACUCGGUGACCGACCCGGAGAAGCUGAACAACUACGAGCCCUUCUCCCCUGAGGUGUACGGAGAGACCUCUUUCGACCUUGUGUCUCAGAUCAUCGACGAGAUGGAAAUGAUGGAAGAUGACACCUUUGUUGACCUCGGCAGUGGAGUGGGGCAGGUAGUGCUGCAGGUUGCAGCAGCAACCAACUGUAAACACUACUACGGUGUAGAGAAAGCAGACAUUCCAGCUACCUAUGCAGAGACCAUGGAUAAAGAGUUUAAAAAGUGGAUGAAAUGGUAUGGGAAGAAACACGGGGAGUACACACUGGAAAGAGGGGACUUUCUGUCAGAAGAAUGGAAGGAAAGGAUCGCCAACACAAGUAUUAUUUUUGUGAAUAACUUUGCCUUUGGUCCAGAGGUAGAUCACCAGCUGAAGGAGCGCUUUGCUAACAUGAAGGAAGGUGGAAAAAUUGUAUCUUCCAAACCUUUUGCACCUUUAAAUUUUAGAAUAAACAGUCGAAACUUGAGUGAUAUUGGCACAAUAAUGCGUGUGGUGGAGCUUUCUCCACUCAGGGGCUCCGUGUCCUGGACUGGAAAGCCAGUUUCCUACUACUUGCAUACCAUAGACCGUACCAUACUUGAAAACUAUUUUGCUAGUCUCAAAAAUCCUAAACUCAGGGAGGAACAAGAGGCAGCUAGGCGACGUCAGCAGAAGGAUACGAAGGACAGUAAAAGCAAUAGCACCACGCCCACAAAACCUAAAGAACAAAACAAGGUAGCAUGUGCACGGAUUUACAAGACUUUAUGUGGGAAGCAAUUCCUUGGACCAUUUAGCUGGCAGGACUCCUGUGGUGAGGAGGAGCGUCCUAGCUUGGUGACAGUGGUCAAGCCCCCAGCCAAACCCCGACGAACCCGACUCUUGUCCAAGGGUCGCAAGUUGAACAACAAGAAACGUGGUCGACCCAAGAAAGCCGCCCCGGCUGCUGAGAAGAAAAACAAGAAGAAUCAGAGCGCUUUGGAUUUGCUGCACGCCAAGACCCUUUCUGCGGCUCCCCCUCAGGAUGUGUACCGGCCACCUCAGACUCCCUUCUACCACCUACCUCCCAAGGUCCAGCACUAUCCCUCUAGUCAACUGCUGCUGAGCCCGACUCCUCCUGGUCUGCAACAACUGUUAGAUAACAUCAAAGUUCAAUACCUCCAGUUUAUGGCCCACAUGAAGACUCCUCAGUACCGCUCCAACCUGCAGCAGCUUUUAGAGCAGGAGAAGCAAAAACACAGGGACCUGUCCGGGCAGGCAGAGCAGCUCCACUCUGUUUGUCAGUCUCACAAGGACAUGAUCAAAGGUCUCUUUCAGACCAAACUAGAUGAGUUGGGAGUGAAGGCACUGACUGUGGAGGACCUGCUGCAGGCCCAGAAGGAGAUAUCAGCCCACAAUCGCCAGCUGAAAGAGCAGACUAAGCAGCUUGAGAGAGACAUGGCUUUGCUGAGAGACCACAGCCUGCUACUGCUGAAGUCUCGAUGCGAGGAGCUAAAGCUAGAUUGGGGCUCUUUGUGUCUGGAGAGUUUGCUGAAGGAGAAGCAGGCGCUACGCAGACAAAUCUCUGAGAAACAGAGACACUGCUUGGAGCUGCAGAUCAGCAUCGUGGAGCUGGAGAAAAGUCAAAGGCAGCAGGAGCUGCUUCAGCUCAAAUCCUACAGCCCCUGUGAGGGCUCCCCAUACAGAAAGAGUCUGGAAUCGCGCUCUUCCACAGACAUGGACUCCACUAAGCUCGGCCUGUCCUCAGCCCCAGCUCUCAAUGGUGUCACCCCAGAGCUUUCUCUCAAUGGCACCAGCUCACCCUGCUUUGACCGGGCUAACACCAAGGGGGAGCUUAUUUCUCGCUACCUGCCCAUCUCGCCAGACCAUGAAAUUGUACCUUCCACCCCUGAUGCCCGGCAGAGGCAGCAAAGUUCCUGCUAUGCUCUUCCUGAUUACACACGCUUCUCCCCUGCCAAGAUUGCCUUGCGGAGGCAUCUUAACCAGGACCCCACUGCCUCUGCUCACUUAAGAGGUCCAGGGCUGGCAACACACAGGGAAUUUUCUGGUGUUAACUCUCCGCUUGGAGCCAAGCAGAACUGCCCCUCUCCAAAUGCAUCUGAUGCCCAGAAUACUCUUAAAAGUUCUGAGAGGGGUGGUAAGGAGAGGAGCCCAUCUGUUCAGGGUGACAACAGCAUUACGAGCCUUCCAAUAAGUAUCCCUCUGAGCACUGUCCACCCAAGCAAACUACCAGUCAGCAUUCCUCUGGCCAGCGUGGUGCUGCCCAGUCGUGCCGAGAGACUGAGAAGUACUCCGAGUCCUGUGUCUCAGGCAGGUCAGACCAAUGGAUAUUCAUCCAGCUCAGGGCUGAUGAAUGGAGGUCCCCAUCCUGAGGACCAUAAUGGUGCUUCUUCAUCACCCCCUCCACACACCAACACACCUUUGAUGGGACCAAUGGGCCGAGGAGGUCCCAUCCAGAGCCCCCCACUCAGCACUGGAGGGGUGCUCCAGUAUGCAGAUGGCCCCCCGCGGAUUCUUCCAGAAGAUGGACAGGAUAACCAGGGCGGUGAAUCCGACAUGGAGCCCCAGGACACUGAACUACGGAGGAGAAUCUUUUUCUCUUCUUCCUCCUCUUCGUCCUCGUCUUCCUCUUCGUCAGGCAGUGGAGGCAGCGCGGCCGGAGGAUCACGCCUCCACCAUCACACCGGCAACUCAGCCAAGCAGGGGUACCACAGUAACCAUGGAAACCACCACCACCUGUCCCCCGGCACACAGCACACUCACACACCCACGCAUACGUCGUCAUCACACUCGUCUCACAGCCUCGGCGCUCAAGAGGGACGUAAGAGGGGGAGAAGGAAACGCAGCUCUGCAGUGGCUGUCACGGCCAGCAGUUCCCCAAAGAGGAGGUCAUUCCCCGGGCUCAGCUCCAACAACCACUCCUCGGGUUCACCACUCAACAUUAACUCCAUGGUGAACAACAUCAACCAGCCUCUGGAGAUCUCUGCCAUAUCUUCCCCAGAGCAAUCUAGUCGGAGCCCCACUGUGCCGGACCUGGACCAGCCUCCCAUCUUAAAGAGAGAGCGCCCCCUGGAGCUCAAUGGCACAGGCCGUUACUCCUCAGCCCCCAGCUCUGAUGAUGAGGAUUCAGGAUACCCUGCCGACAGCUCCAGUUCACGAAUUGAAAGGAAAAUAGCUACGAUAUCCCUGGAGAGCAGAAACGGACCUGGUAGACUAGGGGAUAGUGAAAGAGGCAGGAAAUCUGGUAGCAGCAGUGGUAACAGCACAGGUAGUGAAGCAUCCUCUUCAUCCUCCUUGUCAUCUACCAGCAAGUGGAAAGCCACCUUUUCGCCCAUUUCUGACCCCAAGCAACCCAACUCUGACCUGAGACAGGGGGGCUCUCCAUUCGGCAUGGGGGGUUCAGGCCGGGGUACAGACUCAGAUUCUGACCACAAACAGCAGCAUCAGCAGGUGAGGAGAGGGAGUGAUGGAGAGUCGUCCAACUACAUGAACCCCAAACCCUUCCUCAGUCAGGAGGCAGGGCCCCGGGGUGGAAGCAGCGGUGGUGGUGGAGGUGUCCAGGGAGGCUGUGGUUCAGACCAACGCCAGGCCCUCCAGAAGCAGAAGGCCCCUCGUGACUGGGAGCUGAAGACCAGCAGCAGCUUGGCCAGUCAGAACCUCUUCAUAUCUGCUGCUGCCAGCAGUGGAGGGGGUAUCCUGAGUGGGAAGGUGGGAGGCAGUCCUGUAGCAGUUUCCUCGACCACGGGAUCAUCUGUGGGCCAGUACCUGGGGUCUCAGUUCCCACUCGGAGGGGCCUCAGUCUUACAGACCUUGUUUGGGGCCCAGACAGGCGGAUCUACGGUGAGUGGGACCCCGCGGCUCGUCAACGGACACUCUGCCCUGGGAAGCUUCUCCACUGCUGGGCUGGCAGGGGGAGCGGCUGGAGGUAUAUUUCACCACGUGGUUCCCACAGUGUCCUCCCAUCAGUUUGGGGCGACGCUGCCCACCUCUGGAGGCCUCAGCUCUCUGCUCAGUCUCUCCUCCUCUUCCUCCACCUCCUCCCAAACGCAGCAGCACACCACUCCCCAACAAGCCUCCACGCGCCUGGCCUCCGUGUCCUCACCUCUCCCCCUCUCCCUCUCCCAGGCCCAGCACAGCCGCAUCCAGUCGGUCCUGCACAGCCCCUCUCCUCCCAUGCUCUCCCUGCCCCCUCCUCCGCCCCUGCACAGCAUCCCCUCAUCCUCGGCACCCGCGCACUCCGACGCCCCGCCUUCCUCUCGAUCAGAUUCCCUCCACUCCUCCCGUCUCUCCCACUCCUCCCUCCACCACCAGAGAGCACAGUCAUCCCUCUCUCUCUCCAUCUCCUCCACUGCCUCUGCUUCUGUCUCUGCUGUCGCCGCCACUGCUUCCCUCUCCUCUUCCUCUCUGUCAACUUCCUCCUCGUCCUCGCGUCCAUUCGCAGUGCACUACUCCCCUCGGCUGCCCCCUCCACCACCGGCCAGCAGCUCAGGUGGUGGCGGGAGCAUGUGGAGGACUCAGAGCAUGCACGGUACCUACACCAGCUCCCAGCUCCCUGGCUCCCGACCUAGAUAGGGUUUGGGGGGAGGGGGUUAGGGAAAAGGGGGAAGGAUGGAGAGGGGAAGGGCAGAGAGUGGAAAGAGGGAGAGAAUGAGAGUGAAAGACUGGUAGGGAGGACAAACAAAACAGGAGUCCUGUUUUUCCUGUGCUCCCACAAGCUGUUGUUCUGAUUGAACAAGGUAAGUCGAUUCUUUGGUGAUAGAUUUAAAGUAUACAAACUGUGCUGGAUUGUGAAAGCCACAGGAUUUAAUAGUGUUUUCACUCAUUUGUUCAUUGCUGUGUAGAAUCUGUCAGCCAUACACUCACUCAUGAUGUCUUUUUCUGUCUUCUUUGGCGUUUCAGGUAAUUGACUAAAACUACCUCAACAUAAAAUAAACUAUGCAAAUGUCCAGGUGUGGAUGAAGGCACUCUCCUCACUCUCUGGUGCUUCAAAAUGUCUGCACUACCCAACCGCCUCCAAGAACGGCUUCUGUACUGGGAUCACACAUACACACUCACACAUAGACGCACGCACGCACACACGCACACACAAACCACCACUAUGGUCACAUUGAGCAGAAUUCAUAGGGACUGGUCGUGUUUAUGUGUGGGGUGUUGAAUGUUUUCCUACAUGGAUAUUUGUACUGGCUGCUGCCCAGCGCUGAAUGAACUAAUUAAGAUACCUGGUUUAACAUUAAGGUGCUCAGUAGUAUGAUAGUGUGUCAUUUUAUGUCAUAGUCACUAUUUUAGCAACUGGUGUUCGGCAAAAUGAUCGGUUUUCAAUGAUUUAAUGUAACAUUUAACAACAGAUGGAAGCACACAGCCCACCUUUUUUGAGCUGAAUCUCAUGUGUCAUGUCGAAAGUUUCACUUCAUAUGAGUGCAUGGGCUCAACACACACACACACACAGACCAGUUUCACCGAACUCUGCUCAGAUGUCAUGCAGUUUUGCCUCUCUGCAUGCGUGCUUUCUUGUCUCUGUUUUCUUCCUUCAGUGAAAUUCAGUUUUUCUUGCAGAAUGAGGAACUUUUGGUCAAACUGCACACUGGACCGUAAGAUACAGUUACUCAUGUAGCAGAAGAUGUACAGGUCCUGGCUGGUUUGUUGACACCCCUUAAACUCUUGAUUAUGUUAAAUGAUUUAUAACAUUUUCAUAUUUAAAAAAAGUUAAAAAUGUGGGUUUCUUACUGUUAAGUCCCUUUACAUAAAAGUAAAGUGGUACAAAAAUUGUAUAAUUAUGUUCGGGCUGCCCGUUUUGGCACACAAAACUAAUUUUUUCUGUCUUUGCCACUAACUGGAGCAAAAUUAAUUAAGUUCACGUGAUUAAAAUUGUUCUUCAGGUGUGGUUCAGUGUUUCUCUUCUGAUAUCAGCUAUUUAACAUAUCAGUGAAAGUUGAUUUACUUCUAAAAGGAGCUUUUUGGUAUUUUGUGACAGUAAUCAGGAAUAUUUAACAUUCUAUAAACCAAUUUACUGAAGAAUAUGGAAGAUUAUCAGUGACUUGAAGUCUGAACACACAACAGUGUUCUGAUUUCAGCCUCAUUUUGACAAUACUGUGAUUUAGCAACAUUUCAAGGGGUGCCAAUAAUGCAGAGCAGAGUACACUUUCCCCAUGAAUUUCCUUUAAUGAGAUGUAGACAAAGUCAGCCGCCCAUUGUUGUCAAAGAGUUGUGGCCACUCUGUUAAUGUUUAGUGAAGCUGAAUCCAGGUGUAAAAGAAUUCCAGUGAAACCACAGAAGAAUCAGCCAAUUUCUGUAUUUAUUAACAUUUUCUUCUUCAGUCAAUUUGGUAAAUCACACUACUAUGUGGGACCGCAGCAGAAAUAUUCUUAAAGCAGGAAUUUUUAACUCUUCUUAAGCUAAAAAUAUUCAUAUUUAUCUCUGCUGUUGGGAAAUACAGGUUUAAGCAAAUGUUUAGGACUCACAUGUAUGUGGACUUCAGUCAUGCAAACACGCACACGUACACACACGUGCAUGCAAAUCCUCACACACUGAGAAAACACCCGUAACAACAACAACAAACUACUGGACUGUCUUCACACCUUUUUGUUUGCUUAUUUGAUUGUGGUUUUUUGUAAACAAUGUUUGUACUGUGAAUGUGAUUCAUUCUCCGACUGUAUAGAUGUGUAUAAUUUAGAUUAUUAUAUUUAUGCUGUCAGUCUCUCUGUUUGCCUUGGUAUUUGUAUUUCUUUUAAAUCCUGAAAUGUGUUGACAUCGUAGAAUGCAAUAGUGUGUGUACUUGACUCAGUCUGAAAACAAUGGUGCUACAUUUGGACUGUACCUGAUCUUAUUUAUUCUAUAGUGAAAACAUCAAAAACAAAUCCAAUACUUGGUGCUGUACACAGGGACAUUUGUAAAGCCUUUUCUUGGCAUUUCUUUUCUCAUAUUUAAUAUGCUAUCGUCUGGUCCUUUGAAUGCCUAGUGUGCAACUGUAGACACCACCUGCAGAUAAAACUACUCUGCAACAGCUGGCUCAGAGUCUGAGUAAACAGGUAUGAGGACCUGUUCAUGUUUCUCACGCCACAGUUUAAACAAGUCAGCCCGCUUUGCUCUCAAAAGCGAGCUGCUUAUCUGUUAGUGAACAAGACACACUGUUUUUGUACAUAACUCUUUGUUUUCCUUGUACAUGUCUCUUCAUCAUAAACAGAAAGGUAUAUAAAUAUGUAUCUAUAAACAGUCUAUAUAUGAGUAUAUAUAUAUAUCUAUAUAUAUAUGUGAGUAAGGGUGUUUUGGUGCUGGCAUUGUGACCUUAAACUCAGCCUGUCAAACAGGAGGCUUGAAGCCAAGGAGUGUCGAGCAUCGCCACCACAGGAUCUUAACAUAUGGUGCCUAACAACAUGGUGGCACAACAGCACCUGAAUCCCUGUGAUAUACACACACCACAGAACUAGAAACUCAAAAGCAGUGUGUAUUUAACGCAGACAAACAAAGGUGCUGUGGCUUGAACACAACUAGAUUCCAGCACUAGAACUGUCAUCACUUUUAUCAGAUGUUUUCACAUCUUUGUUUUUCCUUCUUUUUUUUUUUUUUUUUUUUUUGUUUUACCAACCCAGAUUCUGCAGGAAAAAUGGUGCUUCUGUUUCCAAACAAUGGCAAUUUAGAUUUUACAAACUUUACUGGUGCAUAGAAAACUACGUGUCAACCUCUUACACACACUGUCUGUCUUUAGAUGUCUUACAUGUCUUUGUCAAGGCCAUGCCUUGAAAUGUGAGCAUAUUGUGUAAUUGCAAAGACAUGCUGAUGUAAAACACUUGUGUUAGGGUAUGUACGCUCAUCACUUGGUUGGGAGUGCGAGCAGCCAAGCUUCCCUUUUUCCUGAUAGUGGGACUACACUUAAGCUCAGUUUGUGUGUGUGUGUGCGCGCGCACGCUUUUUUCCUCCACUUGCCAGCGCAUAUCUAAGGGAAGAGUAGACUAAUAAUCGAAGCUUUAUUGUAAACUCCUGUCCUGUGCACUCACUCUGCAAACACAAAUGUGUUUCUCACCUGAGAGUGUUUAAGUGAGAAGAAGAAAGUCAUUUUAGGACAUAAUUAGAGACUGUAGUCCAUUUGUUACCAGCACUGAGAGGUCUUUUGUAACUAUUGUUGAUGCUGUUUUGAUUUUCUUAUUCUUGGUGUUUGAUACAAUUGCAGUUACAUGUUAUGCUUUUAAUUGUCUUCAGAUUCUUGUCAGUUUUUAAUACUACUAGUCAGACAGACAGCACGGUGCUCUCCUUCACUUAAAACAAGGAAAUUGCAGCUAUUGAUAAAUACUACUCUUCUCCUGUUGUGCUGCAGGGUUUUAUGGUUUAAUAAUCUUCAACACGAGCUUGCCUGGCGGCUUUCUCAUGGUCCAAUCUAACAUACGGAUGUUUCUCUAACCUGGAGGGGCGGUGUGGUGUAUGUGUAAGUGGGAAUGGUUUGUGAGAAUGGCAAAAGUUAUAUUCAUUACAUAUUUUAAACCAGUUUUGUAGCUACUCGUACAAUCAGUCAAUGGGGUGAGGUGCUGUUAUUCAAGUCCUUUGGUGUGUGCGCAUGAUUUGAAUUAACGUUUCUAUGCAGUUCUCCAGCAGGCUCCCAUCCUGGUGCAUUAUUGUUAAUCUGUGAGAGCUUUGCAGUCGAGGCUGUUUACUCUAAAUCCUGCCAAAGGUCUAAACUCAGGAACUUCCCAGAUUGCUUGAAAUGAUGUAAACAAUUCUGCUUAAACUACUACAUGUCACAAACCUAUUCACCAUCCUGUGGCAUGAUGAAGUCCCUCUCUAACCCAACUCAGGACCAGGACAACCUCUCAGUUAAGCAUAUUUCCAGGUAAAAUUUGCCAGCCGUCUUGUCAGGUCUCCUCAGAUUCAUUCUCGCUGCCACAUACAUCCAGCCUCUCCAGUGAAAUCCAGCUUUAUAAAGCUUUAUGAGUCGGUCUGAUCUCGAGAAGCUGUGAAAUGGCUACACCUUCAGCAUCUUCCUCAUCUCACAAUUGCCUCUGUCUAGAAUUGAGUCUCUAAGAAGGAGGUCCGCUGUCCUUUGUUGGGGGUUCUUCCCAUUAUCUGGGAGGUAAACUGACACUGGACACACGUGACCUACAGCAAGUGUAUAGUGAUCUCUGGUCGGUGAAGCCAGGGCAGGUUUGAGGUGCAAUAACGGCAAACCUACUUUCCAAAAGGCCCUGGGUUUUCAUGAUAGAAAUUGUCACUGUUUGAUGUUGGUGCUUUUAUCCUAAGAUGUUAUAAUGAAACAAAUGGAAUUAAUGUUUUUUUUUCUGCGUUUUAUGAUUAUUAAUAAAAAAAAGUUUCAUAAUAUUUGAAUUAA